AUGACUGUUCACGAACGUUCUGCAGUGGCUUCAAUGCCUUCAUCCACUGCUGAGGCUCUCUACAAGCUUCCUUCCACACUCCUUCCCUUUUCUGUCGAAAGUCCUUCUUGGUGGUACACGACCGCGGCUAUCCUUGUCACUAUUCUUGUUCUAGAGCAAACUGUAUAUCGAUACAAAAAGCGUCAUCUUCCUGGGGACAAAUGGACUAUACCCCUCAUUGGCAAGUUUGCCGAUUCCAUGAAGCCCACAAUGGAAGGAUAUCAGAAGCAAUGGCAGUCUGGCGCACUGAGUGCUCUCAGUGUUUUCAACAUCUUCAUCGUUAUGGCUUCCUCUAAUGAAUAUUCGCGCAAGAUUCUCAACUCUCCGACACAUGCUGAGCCUUGCUUGGUGCACUCUGCAAAAGCCAUCCUGCGGCCAGAAAACUGGGUUUUCCUUACCGGAAAAGAGCACGUUGAUUACCGUCGUUGCUUGAAUAUGCUAUUCACUCGCAGAGCCAUUGGCAUGUAUAUUGGCAUCCAGGACACUAUCACGCGUGAACAUUUCAUGACAUGGGCAGCAAAGGAUUCCAACGGAAAACCCGUUGCUCAACCCAUUAUGAUGAUUGCCCGCUACCUGAACAUGGAUACUUCUCUUCGUGUAUUCUGCGGAAACCAUAUCCCUCCACAUGCUACCAAGGAAAUCAGUGACAAGUACUGGGCUGUGACGCAGGCGCUUGAACUUGUCAACUUCCCCUUUGCUUUACCCGGCACAAAAGUAUAUAAGGCUAAGCAGGCUGCUAAAGUAGCCAUGGAUUGGUUAACACUUGCUGCGCGUAACAGUAAAAUCGCCAUCGCCAACGGUGCUGAGCCCGAAUGCUUGAUUGACGAGUGGAUGCGGAUUUGCGCCGACCCCACUUACAAAGGCAGGAGGGAUUUUAGUGACGAUGAGAUUGCUAUGGUUGUCUUCUCGUUCUUGUUUGCUUCUCAGGACGCUAUGAGUAGUGGACUCAUAUUCGGCUUCCAACACCUCGCAGACCAUCCCGAAAUACUUGCCAAAGUGCGUGAAGAACAGGAACGCGUUCGUCAGGGCAACUUCGACUCCCCCUUGACUCUUGAGUUGAUGGAUCAGAUGCCGUACCUGCAAGCUGUCGUGAAGGAGAGCCUAAGAGUCAAACCUCCGGUCACCAUGGUUCCUUACAAGACGACCAAGGCAUUCCCUAUAAGCCAAGACUAUACUGUUCCUGCCAACAGUAUGGUAAUCCCUUCAUUCUAUAACUCUCUGCAUGAUCCCGAAGUAUUCCCUCGACCGGAUGAGUUCCAGCCCGACCGUUGGUUAGACCCCAACAGCUCCGCCAACACCAACCCCAAAAACUAUCUGGUGUGGGGUAGCGGCCCUCAUCGUUGUAUCGGCGUCGAAUAUGCUAUGAUGAACAUGGCUCUUGUUCUUGCUACUGCUGCUGUCAUGUUCGACUGGGAGCACGAGAUAACACCACAGAGCUAUGAGAUUGACAUCAUCGCCACCUUGUUCCCCAGAGACGGAUGCAGACUCACACUUACUCCUCGUGCUCACGCAUAA